AUGUCAGAGGAAGAAGAUUCUUUUCUGAAUGUUAAAAGAUCUCUGAAAAAGCGAAUGGUGAAACACAGCACUCCAGUGAACUCAAUGCUUUCAAGAACAAUGCCAUCUCUUACAGAUCUGACAAAUCAGUCAAUCAAGGACCAAAAUGUCAGCAAGAGAGUUUAUGGAUCUCCAAUGCCAAAAUCAAAUCUAAGUAGAUCGUUAGCUCAAGUAUCGCUAGUAAGUGUUGAAGCAUACAUCCCCCAUACGUCCCCGAAGAGGCUUUCAACAGUGCUUGACUCGCAAGAAUUAAACGAAGAGAUAAGCCAAAGCUCUCAGGUUGUAUUUUCUAGAAGGAGGCUUUCCACAGUGUUGGCCUCUGAGGAAUCAAACGAAGAGCCAAGUGACAAGGUUGUGCCAAACACGGAAACUCAGGCUCCCACCAAAGCAUCUGAGGAGGCUGCAGUAACUCGCAAGAGCGGAACUUCAUGGCUUGUUACGGGAAUACCAGGGAUAAAAGAUAUCCCGAUAGUAAAAGCCAGAAAGAAGAAAACUGAUAAAGCUCUUGUGAGAAAGAGAGAAAGAGAAUGGGUGCUUCGUCAACUUAAAAACAUUGAAGAAGCAACUGAACACGAACUGACAAUUGAAGAAGCUUGA